AUGAUAAGUUUUUUCAUAGACAAUACAUGGCGCUUGAAGGUUAUGAAUGUUGCAAAGUAUUUAAAGUGUGAUAUAGACAAGGCUACAUUUGGAUUAAGCUGGAAGUCUGCAUGUAAAAUCCCCCAUGAUUGUCUAGACAAUCCUACACAUUUUUCAAACUUUACAGGAUCAUCCUGGUAUGGUUCCCGUGUAGACAUAGAUAUUAGCAAAACAACUGCUAAAGUAGGAUAUUUUGAUUCUUGUAGAAACCAAAUUAAUAUUGUAAAAGAUCAGGAACGUUUCGGAAAUGGAUACAAAACAUACACACACAAGGCACAUCAAGGGGGAGAUCUUAUUGGUGGAAUAAACUACGCUGGCAAGGAUCAGACUGGAUUUGGUAAUUUAAACACCGCAUAUAAUAUAGAACUCACCGUAGUAUAUUUGUAUCACGAUCAUGAUAAUCAGAUACCACUUGUGAUUAUGCUAAAGGAUAGCUAUGUUUCCACUUACUACUCUAGGAAUGACUAUUUUUCAAGCCCUUUCACAUGGACGAGAGAUUUUUACUUUCAGUAUCAACUCAACCCACUUUCACAGAUUAGUUCGAAAAUAAAGGAUUUUGUGGUACUCAAACUUGAUGCUACAAAUGGGAACUACUUUGCAAAUGGAGAUUCCAAACCUCCUGAAGUUAACGGGCAUGUUAGAGUAUCAGUAAUCUCGUCUAUAUAUGAGGGUAUAUAUGACAAAUAUACUCACAUACCAUCAGGAGGAAUAUCAUUAUUGAGGCCAUUUUUGACUAUAAUUGAACAUACGAGUAUAAAAUUCAGCGAUGCUUCAUAUACAAAACCAUCCAAAGAAGCUAAUGUAUAUUACUGGAGUUGUGACAAAGAUUCUGUUCGUCCUCUUAUUAUUGAACUGUUUUCCGGUUCCUCCACUUACUAUAAGUUCAUUAAUGAUAAGAAUAAUAAGAGAUGGCAGAAUGUUACAGAGAAUACAAACAUCAAGAAUAUACUUGAUAAAGAGAAUUGUGAAAGGAACAAAGCUCAUCAAAUUGAUAUCUCUAAAACUACGGGUACUACUUAUCCCUGUUUAACUCCAGGUUGUAACAUUCAGAUUACUGUGUCAGAUCUUUCCAUUUCAGGAUAUUCCAGGUUCUCACAUCACAUCUCUGACGUUUCAUCUAAUCUUUCAGUUGCCAGGUUUAAAGACCGCGGCGUUGAACAAACAGGACUCCCAACCGUUAAGGGUGUACAUCAGAUUAUUGUCUUCUCCUAUCCUAAGGAUAAUAGAAAGCCCCUCCUUAUUCACUGGAAAGUGCCUAGCAGUCAUAAGUGGUUUAAAAGAGGCUCUCCUAAUGUAAAUACCUGGAAUGAGAUAGAUGAUAAUGAUUCUAAGAAACCUAAAGAUGAUGCUGACCAUGAAAACAUUUUGAGGAUUCUCCUGGAUUCCUAUUCUCCCAAAGUUACCAUAGACAGUAAGACUGAUACACAAACUCCUUAUGAUCCCGAUUCCAAACCAGCUUCUAAAGAAGAUGAGAAUGGAGAUGCCAAGGGCAAGGUUAAAGUUACAUCCUCUUCCAAAGAGUCUCCGGAUUCUUCUGGAGCAGUAACUGGUGGAAUACUAGGUGGCCUAGCCUGCUUAUGCCUUCUUGGUGUUCUAAUAUGGAAGGUGGGACCUUCAGUGAGAACUCGUUUGGCCAGUAGACAACCCCUCUUGUAG